UUCUGCAGUAGUGUAGAUACAAUUUUAAACCAAACAAAGUCGGAAAUUUUUUAUUUUAUACAUCCGUCUUAUCUUAAAAAUAAGUGCGUGCGAUGGAAGAUUUAGCUGAUGGCAUAAAAACAAAAUCUCUAACGAAUGCGUUAGAAUCAUUAACGGAGCAAGUAUUGGAGAUUAGCUCACUGACAAUAAAAGAUUUGGAAGAAAAACCACAAUUGCGACAAAGUUUACAACAUCUUUCUGAUGGUAUCAGAACGUCAACCCAAGAACUUUGUGGCAUUCUUGCCAGAAAAGUGAAGAACCUCAAUCCUUCCGUUAAUACGUUUCACACAUUCAGAGAAAUGCUAAUGACUGCUGAAGAAGCAUCAACAUAUUCUCUUUGGCUUACAGCUGAUGAAACAAGUUUGGAAACAUUCCAAGAGAAAAUAGCUGGACUUUUAGAAGUACUUUUAAGAAUUGUUGUAUUUUGGGACCAACAAUUGAUCAAAAGUUUCCAAGAAUCUAUCAAUUGCCUGAAAGAACCUCUAUGCAGCAUGAGGCACACCCAAAUUCUUCGUGACAUUAUGUCACUAUACAAAGAGUUCAUUGUACGAUUUGGAAGCUUUUCGGAAAAGCUAUCUCAUCGUAUUGACGAUUUACUUGAUCAUAAAAUACAAAGCGAAUUUUGGAUCCACCUCAAUUGCAUUCGUAAGCUAGUAACUUCCUUUGCAGAAGUUAUAAAAAAUGUGGCUUAUUAUCCUUUAAGCAAGCAUAGCCGAAUUUCAAAGGAAUUUGUGGUGAAGGAGAUAUUGUCUCUGUUGGAGGAGAUCUACGAACUUCUGAACUUAGAACAGUCGGCUGAAGGUAUCCGUGAUGGGACGUCUUUCCUUGGCGCCAUCGACGACGUGUUGGACCAGCUGGAGCAUAGUCACUUCGAAGAAGAGGAAAUGGGGUGGCGCAUGAAUCUCAUUCUCCAGCAUGCAAUGACCGUAUCGAAGUUUUCGGCAGAUGAAGAUCGAAUUCAGAUAACGCGGAAUUCGCAGCGUGUUCUGAAUGAAUAUCGAUCACUACAGUCUUUGCUACACAAUUUAGAAAAUUCACCUAGUGACAUAUCAUUAGCCGUCGACAUCUUUCGUGAUUUUCUGGAAAUCCUAGAGCAGAGCGUCAACCAUUCAUUACUUAGAAUGAUGGUCGAGAAUUUGUCUAUAUGCACAGAACCCAUUAGGAGGCUGAUUCAUCGAUGUUCCGUUAAAAUGAAUGAAGUGAUCUCAUCACGAAAAACUUCUGAACUCGCAGAGGAAGUGGAAGAAUUUGACAAUGUUAUGGAACGUGUUUUGCAAACCUGCUUCUUUGCUCUGUCGUCGACCGCAGAUGUCCCAAAAAUCCAAGUGAUAAGGUGUGCCCUGAAGCUUCUCGAGUCGCUUGAAGCUGAAAUGAUCCCGGCAGUUUAUAGUUGUUACCUGGAUCCUACGAACAAAGCGGCUAGCUGUCAUCUUCAGUUCCUUUGGCGUUCUUUCCAGGAGCAUUGCACGCACUUGCAAACUAACUUAGAUUCUAUCGCCGAUCCCGUUGCAUUUUGCCACGUUGCUGAAAAAGUUGUAAACGGCCAUAUUACCGAACUCAGAAAGAAUGUGUAUGUCCAAAACGUGGUGUUACUUGAACGUCACUGUCGUCCGAUUGUACAAAUCACCACUAGAUGCUUGGCGAUUGUGGAGGGACAGAAAUGGGAAAAUUCUAUCAAGGAUAAAAUUUAUCUGAAAGAAAUUCAACUUGCACUUGCGGAAUUUCGUGGUGCAUCCGUGCUCGCUGUAGGAAACGUCAGUGACCUCAGUGGUCAUAGGUCAAUGCUUAAGAGAGCUGAACUUGUACUGAAAUACUUGAUGAAGUGCAUUGAUGCCAUGAAGCAAAUCCAAGAGUCUGAGUUGCAUUUCACAGUACAAGAAACUCUUAGAAAUGAGGCCAAGAGCAAAUCCUCGAUAAUGUUAUUCCCAGAAGAUGUCAUUGAUCUACCGUGUGACCCAACGAAAAGUGGAAGGGGAAUUACUUCUUGUCUUUACACCUCGACGCGCAUUGGGCGUUUACCAAAACGAAAAAUUCUUCAUUCGGAAUACUGCGAAGAGGCGGAACAAGAUUUGUCAGAGAUGUCUCACUUCAUUGAUACAAAACAAACUUGGCGAACACGAUGCACAACUAUUCCUACACCAGAAGAUUUACUUCCCGACUCGGAAAAAGAACGUGAUGGGAUUUCCUUCGUUUCAGAAACUUUUGAUUUGACAAACCUAUUGGAAGAGCUUUCGACAUUAGAAGGUACCUUGAAAUAUUCUGAAGGCAGCCAGAUGUCAAUCGUCGAAUUUCCAGCGCAAUGCACACCAGCCACCGUUCGAAAUAAAGCUGUGCCUCUUAGUAUCAGCAUAAGUACUCCACAGCGACUCAGAGAUCUUCAAAUAGUCUCGGAACGCUUGGCUUCACUUCGCAAGCAGAAUGCUAACUAAUGAACCGUAGUAAACUGUUGCUAAUUUGCAUCCAUUUAUUGCUGGGUUUUGCAUUUCAACAUCCCUCCACCAUUCGGAAACGCGUUGCACUGCUUCUUUGUUUACUGCUAAUAUUUAAUGCUUCGUUGCUCGUGGUCCAAAAAUAGUGCUUCCGAUUCUUACGUUUGUGCUCCCAAGCUCAAUCUGAUAUUGUUUCAGAAAUAAUGUACUAAAUAAAGUAACUGAUCUAU